CAUCAUCUACUGCUUCCCCAUCACCAUGAAGUCGUCUCUUGCCAUCUGUGUCCUCGCUGCUCUCCUGGUAGUGGGGGCCUCUCUGCGGUGUGAAGUUUGCUCUGCAUUAGGAACCAGCUGCACAGGCGAACUUCAGACCUGCGCCACUGGACAAGAUAAUUGUGCCGUUGGUCUUGCAGAAAUCACAACUGGGGUAACGAAGACUCAGAGCAUUGUCAAGAGCUGUAUGACAUCCACCGAAUGUAACGCUGGCCUCAUCAGUGCCAAUUUUGGAACUGGAUUGGCAACAAGGAUGAGUGUCGCCUGUUGUGUGGGAGACGCGUGCAGCCCAACCCCCAUUGCAGUGCCCCCGGCUGACCCCACACCCAAUGGCCGAAGCUGCCCAGCCUGCUUCCCUCUUUCCUCUCUGCAAUGCAGUGAAGAGACCAUAAAUUGUACUGGAUCAGAUACCCGAUGCCUCGAGGUCACCGCGACUGUAACAAAUGGUGGAAUGACCGCAUCGACGACCAUGAAGGGCUGUGCUAGUGAGUCUCUCUGUGCACAGAUUAAAGCAGGUGCAGGAACCUUGGCAGGGGUCAGUGGGGAUCUAACUCUGAAAUGCAAAGCACCUGGCACAGCUCCGGGACCCGCCGGGCUCCUCAUCCCAGCCGUCGCUGGGCUGCUCCUGCUGAAGGUUUUCUCCUGAUUCCCCACCCCAUGCAAUGGCCACAGUGCACUCAAUGACAUCCCUGCCACUUGCAUCUGCCUCUCUCUGCAGCCGCUCUCCCCUCCCAGGAGCUCUGGGCUCUCAGCCGGAUUCGCUUCCCCU